CUGUUUUGGGAGGCGUUGGUGGGGGGGGGGUGAGUAGGUAUGAACACGGAUUUGAGGCAGAUAGAUCAUGAAGAUGAGGAAACGGUGGGGGGGAGUUCUGGCGACAUAGGGAUCUAGCUGCCCCAGUUGCAGCUGGCGCUUGGCUGAAGGUGGCGCAGGCAGCUCCUCACCCCUGUGACCCACCUGUGCCACCGUUCUCAUCGGCCAGGUGAGGCAGCCGGGAGAGCCGAGGCUGGAGCUCACCUCCACCCCAGUGGUCCCCAGACACCACCCAGGGGCCGGCCGGCACACCCUGGGUGCGCGCCGGAUGCGGGUCGGCCAAGGAGCGAAAAGACUGAAUGAAUUACGGACGCAGGACUCCCCCCAAUAAUGAUACCCAGUGGCAUCUGCAUGGCCAGCUUUCCGGGGUAUGCCAGGCUCUGGGUGAAGCACUUGAUACGCCUUUGAGCUCACUGCUCCUCACCUUGGCCGCGGCAGGAAGUCUGGGCUGGGAUUCCAAAGAGCUGGGUGCAAGACUCAAGUCCCUCAAGGAGAGUGGGCUGAGGGCCAGCCUGGCCUACCCUCCUGCCACAGAAUCCAAGAUGCCUCUCAGCUGUAACUGCUCCUGAGCUCAUGGAGCCCUCAGCCACCCCCAAAGCCCAGUUGGGGGUCCCUACUGGCAGUGGGGAGCCAUUCUAUGUGCCUCCAGACUAUGAGGAUGAGUUCCUUCGCUACCUGUGGCGAGAUUAUCUGUACCCAAAGCAGUACGAAUGGGUUCUCAUUGCAGCCUACGUGGCCGUGUUUCUCAUAGCCUUGGUGGGCAACACACUAGUGUGCCUGGCAGUGUGGCGAAACCAUCACAUGAGGACAGUCACCAACUACUUCAUCGUAAACCUGUCCCUGGCCGAUGUGCUUGUGACAGCCAUCUGCCUGCCCGCUAGCCUGCUGGUGGACAUCACUGAGUCAUGGCUCUUCGGCCACGCCCUGUGUAAAGUCAUUCCCUACUUACAGGCCGUGUCCGUGUCAGUGGCCGUGCUGACCCUCAGUUUCAUCGCCCUGGACCGCUGGUAUGCCAUCUGCCACCCACUGUUGUUCAAGAGCACUGCUCGGCGUGCCCGUGGUUCCAUCUUGGGCAUCUGGGCUGUGUCGCUGGCUGUCAUGGUGCCCCAGGCUGCCGUCAUGGAAUGCAGCAGUGUGCUGCCUGAGCUGGCCAAUCGCACACGGCUCUUCUCUGUCUGUGAUGAACGCUGGGCAGAUGAGCUCUACCCCAAGAUCUACCACAGUUGCUUCUUCAUCGUCACCUACCUAGCCCCACUGGGCCUGAUGGCCAUGGCCUAUUUCCAGAUCUUCCGCAAGCUCUGGGGCCGCCAGAUCCCAGGUACCACCUCAGCCCUGGUGCGGAACUGGAAGCGGCCCUCAGAGCAGCUGGAGGCCCAGGGGCAGGGCCUGAGCCUGGCAGAGCCCCAGCCCCGGGCCCGAGCCUUCCUGGCAGAGGUGAAGCAGAUGCGAGCUCGGAGAAAGACCGCCAAGAUGUUGAUGGUGGUGCUGUUGGUUUUUGCCCUCUGCUACCUGCCCAUCAGUGUCCUCAAUGUCCUGAAGAGGGUGUUCGGGAUGUUCCACCAUGCCAGCGAUCGGGAAGCUGUCUAUGCCUGCUUCACCUUCUCCCACUGGCUGGUGUAUGCCAACAGCGCUGCCAACCCCAUCAUCUACAACUUCCUGAGUGGUAAAUUCAGGGAGCAAUUUAAGGCCGCCUUCUCCUGCUGUCUGCCUGGCCUGGGUCCCUGCAGCUCUAUGAAGGCUCGCAGUCCCCGUUCCUCUGCCAGCCACAAGUCCUUGUCCUUGCAGAGCCAGUGCUCCGUCUCCAAAGUCUCUGAGCACGUAGUGCUCACCAGUGUCACUACAGUGCUGCCCUGAGGAGGGCCACCCCAAUGCCCUGGGAGCUGCAGCCUGAUCCUUGCCAGGCUGCACUUGAGCUCCUGGGAUCCUGGCCUGGGCCCUUGAACCUCAUGGAGAGACUGCUGGACACAAUGAGAGGCUGAGAGUCCAGUCUUGGCUUUCUGCCUGGGUGACCCUGGGCGAGUCAUCCCCUCUCUGAACUUAAGCAGGGCUGAUGUGACGUUUGAUCAUGGCCAAGGAAGUGGAAGGCUUUGUAAACCAUCUAGUGCCAGGGACGUGGUUACUGCUGGACCUCUCAUGUGACCAUACCUACAGUGUCACCCACCAUCAUCACCCUUUCAAAGCUUGGCCUUCCUCCCAAAGACCCAUCUAUUGCCCAGUUGCCCCACAAGCAUGUUCAUCAGCUUGGGAAGCUCCUAAAGCCCAGGCUGCACGAGAUCAGCUUCUCUGAUGACUGUGAACUUGUCCGAGCCCAGCCCACCCUCUCCAGGUGUGGAGUGCACGCACCAUAGGCUGGACUCCGUUGACUUUGUGGAGUGAGAAAAGAGUCUCCAUGUGGCCGUUCAGCAUGGAGGCCAGCAGCCCGAAGCAAUUGUAAUUAAAAGCCUGGCACUGAA